GGUAUUUCCCUUAAGGGGGGCAAAAAAAAAAAAAUCUACCCACGCAACAACACCCACCCGGUCUCUGGCUGCAGGAGCCAGCAUGGAAGAGGAAGGGGCCAGGCUGCAUUGGCGGCUUUGAAAGUUUGCCAAACACCUCCGAGGUUGCUUUUCUUCCUCCAGCCCCCCCCCCUCCCGCCGAAAGAGGAGCGACUGAGAGGAAGGGCAGAGAGAGGGGGGCAGAUCGGGGGGGUCGACCAGGGAGUUGGCUGCUUCCAAGCAUGGGAGACAGGUUGCCGGAGCCAAGCCGUGCAAACCCUUCUCCCGCGGUGGCCGCCUGCUCGGAAGCAGAAGCGAUCGAGGUCCUGGAAUCCGAGGAUGUCCUGCCUAUGGCUACGGAGGACAACCAUAGAGUUGGAAGGAACCAAAGUCCAUCUACUCCAUCCUGCUGCCCAAAGGCAAAGCUGCCAAGCCACCAACCCCCCACAGACCAACCUUUGCUGUCCAGGACACAGUGUGACUCAAUCAGAGGGCAGAAGCAUGUGAGAAAGCACUGGAAAGCUCUGUUUGAUCAGUUUGACCCUGAAAACACUGGCUACAUCAGCACUGAGAAAUUUCGAAACCUCCUCCAAAGGCAUGGCUCUGAGCUAGAUCCACACAAGCUGGAAGUUCUUUUGGCCUUGGCAGACAACAAUUCUGAUGGGAAGAUCUGCUACCAAGAUUUCGUCAACUUGAUGAGUAACAAAAGGUCCAACAGCUUUCGCCAAGCCAUCUUGCAGGGGAACCGGAGGCUGUGCAGCAAGGCCCUGCUGGAGGAGACGGGACUGAGCCUUUCCCAGCGGCUGAUUCGCCACGUUGCGUAUGAGACCUUGCCGCGUGAGAUUGAUCGGAAGUGGUAUUACGACAGCUACACCUGCUGCCCCCCACCUUGGUUCAUGAUUGCCAUCACCAUUGUAGAGGUUGCCUUCUUUCUUUACAAUGGAGUGGUACUAGAUAGGUUUGUGCUGCAAGUCACCCAUCCCUUAUAUUUGAAGAACUCAUUGUUAUAUCAUCCUCAGCUCCGUGCCCAGGCCUGGAGGUACCUCACCUACAUAUUCAUGCAUGCAGGGAUAGAGCACCUUGGACUCAAUGUUGUCCUUCAACUUCUGGUUGGAGUCCCCCUUGAAAUGGUACAUGGUGCUGCAAGGAUCGGGUUUGUCUACAUUGCUGGAGUUGUAGCAGGUUCCUUGGCAGUGUCUAUUGCUGAUAUGACUGCACCUGUCGUGGGCUCAUCUGGAGGCGUAUACGCCCUGAUAUCUGCUCACCUAGCCAACAUAGUAAUGAACUGGUCUGGAAUGAAGUGCCAAUUCAAGCUGUUGCGCAUGGCUGUUGCCUUGAUCUGUAUGAGCUUUGAAUUUGGAAGAGCUGUGUGGCUGAGGUUCUACCCAUCCGCUUACCCUCCAUGCCCACACCCAAGUUUUGUCGCCCACCUUGGGGGCGUUGCUGUUGGGAUCACCCUAGGCGUAGUCAUCCUAAGGAACUAUGAGCAGAGACUCCAAGACCAGUCCUUAUGGUGGAUCUUUGUCUCCAUGUACGUGGUGUUUGUUCUCUUUGCCAUCUUCUGGAACAUUUUCGCCUAUAGCCUGUUGGACCUGAAACUACCUCCACCUCCUUGAGAUCCUGGGUCGAGGGACUCUCAAGGACAAACGGAUAACUUCCCAUCUGCCAGCUCCAUUUCAAGGGCGGGGGUUGGGGUGAGGUGGGGUGGGAUUGAAACGGAGGGUUUAUUUUUGUAUGAAUAUCACAGGAUAUAAGCAAAUCCAUCUUCUGAAAUGGCACAAGUUGAGGGGGGACUAUAUGCUGCAUGGCUAGGAUGUGACCAUAUUAUUGGAAAACGGUGACCUAAGCAGGGACUGGCCAAUAGAAACUUGUUUGGAAGAAGAUUUGGGCAUGGAGAUUUGCAGGUAUCGCCGUAGUCCAUAAGGACCAGGCCUUGUAUCCGUUGAUCAUGCAAGUAGCUUGGUGUUGCUUUCAUGAUUAAAAGGCUGACAAUUCAGCCCUAUAUUUGUGUAACAGGACACUUAACACCACAUACUGGUGAAUGCUAAUGCACAUAGUGAAAUUUUGUUUGGGUUGCCUACAUUUUUCCAGGUUAAUCUUCUACCAUACUCUUAAUUUACAAUAGCCAUCCAUCAGGCUAUGAGGGAAAAGCUCUUCCUUCCUUUAACUAAAAGGGCACUCAGCCAAGGAUGCUUGGCUUGACGGGUCAGGCUGUUCUUUAGUGCCACUGCUGAUGCCCAGUAAACAUGGACAGUUCCUCAAGUCUGCUGUCUUGUUAAGAGGAGCAAGUCUUACAGAAAUCUUCCAGGGGGUUCAGCGUAUAUGGGUUCACAACUUGCCAGUGGUAGAGGCCACUUCUCAACUAAAGGACAAACCAAAUUGCACAGAAAGAUUUGAAAGUGCUUUAACCUGGUUGCUAAAUACGACUGCAUAUUUAAUUAGAUAUUCACAGUUUGUGACUGGGUUUUCAUUCUUGAAUACUUUGCGGACCACUUGAAUAUUUUGUAUUUUUUUGUGGACAAUCAUGCUAUUUUCUUCUGGC